CGAGCACCGACUCGACAAGACCCAAAAUAUAUUCGAGCUCAAAAGUUUACAAUUUCGAACAAAGUCAAGGCUUCACAAAAUUUUCAUAUAAAAUUCACCGUUGAAAAUAACUUUUCGUUCCGCUCUUUUUUCGUUCCUUUUCUGUUUAAAUAUACAAUAUAUAUUAGAUUAAACGGCGUACGGACCCACUGAGUUACAAUGCAACGUUCCAUUUUCAAGAGUAGCUGUUCCAGGACACUGAUCCUGCUUAACUCCCUGAAAUCCAUGCACCACAAGAGCCUGCACGUGGAGCAACUGUUGGAGGCAGCUCCAGCGCCCAAAAACCGCUGCCUGGAUCUGUUGGGUCGCUUGAUCCAUGGCCGAUUGAGUCUCUUGGGCGGUCGUCCUGUCCCGCCCAGAUUCUUACCGCUAUUGGCGGGUGAUCGAAGCCUGUACUUUAAUGCGGACGAGGACGAAGAGUUUCGUAAGCGUUUGGCCAUGCAGCUGAAGGAGUUGCGAGAGACCCUGCAAGAAAAACAGGAACUUCGCGAGGGACAAGAGCAGGACUUUCAGGAGCUGGAGCAACAGGACGAGGAGGAGGAUCAGCCGUAUGUGCCCAGAUCUCGGGAGAUCUCCAUGGAGGAUCUCACUGACGAGGAGCUAAGUGACGUGCGGGGGCUGCGGAUGAGUGCCAGCCAGGAUGAUGGCAAGUCUGGUAAUUUCGAGCAGCCAGAAACCAGUGAAUUGGAAAGCGAGGAGACGGCGGAUGCUAAGGAUCCCCGGGAGUCCGGGCAGCCGCGAGAGCCUCAAGAUGCCCACGAUGCCAUCGAACACGUUCGCGAGGGUGAAAUCGAAGGAGUUUACUGGACGGGCGAGGGCAAACGGAUUGUCACUCAAACGCCACAGCGUAAGACGGGUCAUUCGGGAUUCAUCGAUGGCCAUGGCGAAGAGAUUCCCCAGGAGGACUCCAAGCAAGAGGUGGCUCCCUAUCACCCUGAGCCUCGGGCCCAGGCGCAGGCCACCUCCAAGGUGAUAAGGAAGGGCCGCAAGCCCAAGUCGUCAACCAAAACCAACACGCCCAGCGAUUCCGACGAAUAACUAAAUUGCCAGUAAAUGAAACCAAAACCCUCGAGCUGGGAUCGCUAAAAUAAAUACAAAAGGCUAAAGACAAAACGCUCUAUGCCGUGUUUCCCUUUCCCAGUAACCAUCUGAGGUUUCUGCGGGUUGCAUUCAGUUGAGUCAUCUGCAGCCAGCACUACCUGGCCACUGCUUAGCAAAUUUUAUGCAAUGACCAGGAGUCAAGGACGAUUUACCUGGGCGGACAACACACGCUUCCCACACGCGGCGGUGGGCACUCUCACUCUUUUUUGCGUCCUCUAAAAUCCUUUUUUACAGCCCUAUCCUUUUUUUGGCUUUUGGUGGAAUUCUGGGAAAAUUUUACAUAAAGAUCGUAGAACACCGAGC